AUAGUGAGGCGAGCGAAUGCAUAUGUCUCGUAAGUUAACAUGGGAAUCGUCAAGAUGUUAGGAAAACUAGAGCGACAGUUAAUGGGUUUCCAUUGUGAAUUCCUGCACUUCCGGAUUAUGUAACUCCUCUGAUAGAGCAGAACAAAGGCGGUUUAAGUGAGCGGACGAAGAUGCCAGGGAUAACCGAUUUCCCGACGGUGCUAAUCACUGUAUCCGGUCUAUGGGGUCUGAUCAGUCGACCCGGGUCUGUUGUAUGUUCUACCGAGGAGGGGCAGCUCAUUCAUAAACUGUUAGACCAUGCAUACAAUAAACUCGUGAGACCUCGGGGCGAGGGCACAAAUGGAACUCUAAAAGUGAAAAUAGGAAUGAGGUUAUCUCAGCUCCUGGACAUUGAUGAGAAGAACCAGAUAAUGAAGACGAGCGUAUGGUUACAUCAUGAGUGGUCGGAUAAGCGUCUUGUGUGGGAUCCCCAGGACUUCGGGGGGAUUGAUAUGACCCAGAUACCGUCCUCUGAUCUGUGGAAGCCAGACAUUGUUCUGUACAACAACGCUGAUGGCGAUUUUAUUGUGAAACAUGAAACAAAGGCCAAGAUCUAUAAUACGGGUAAAAUUGUAUGGGAGCCACCCGCUAUCUACAAGAGUUAUUGUCCUAUAGAUGUUGAGUUCUUCCCCUUUGACAGACAGGAGUGUUUCAUGAAGUUUGGGUCCUGGACCUACGAUAUGGAACAGAUUGACCUAGAACACAUUUGCAAUGAAAAAGCGAUCACGUAUAAUGUCGGUGACAAAGAGGAGCGUGUGAUUGAUCGAGGGGUGGAUCUCAAAGAUUUUUAUUUCAAUGUGCAGUGGGACAUCAUUAAUGUUACAGCCACGUGGCGGGAGAAAUCUUUCCCUUGCUGUGAAUAUUCGUAUACUUAUAUCCUGUUUAACAUCACUAUCCGCCGUCGGCCAUUGUUCUACUCUCUUAACCUCAUCAUGCCGUGCCUGUCAAUUUCCGGUCUUACAGUGCUGGUGUUCUACCUCCCGUCCGACAGCGGAGAGAAGAUCACCCUGUCAAUCUCCAUACUUCUAGCCCUCACCGUGUUCUUCCUGCUGCUCUCCGACAUCAAUCCUCCAACAUCAUUUGUUAUACCACUGAUCGGGAAAUACCUUCUGUUUACAAUGAUACUUGUGACGUUAUCUAUAUUUUUAGCAGUUAGUUCCAUUGGAAUCACGAACAGAAAACCAUCUACUCACAGUAUGAGUCCCUGGGUAAAGCGAGUCUUCACAGACAUGCUUCCUAGCAUUCUGAGAAUGAAGAGACCCGGUUAUAAGAAAAGUUCUUCUGUGGUAGGAGGUAAUUUGUUUCAAUAUGUUAAAAAGGACUAUCAUUGUUCGUUGCAUCUAUUGUCUUCAAAAGAUGAAACGAAAUCAACUUCCAUGGAAUUCCUGUCGUACCCAAAACAAGUUCAGCAAGCAGUGAACGGGGUCAAGAUGAUCGCAGACAACCUCAGGAAGAACGAUGAAAUCAGAAUGGAAGAAGUGGACUGGAAGUUUAUAGCUACUGUGGUAGAUCGCCUCUUCUUGUAUCUCUUCACUGCGGCUUGUCUUUGUGGAACGCUCACCAUUUUUCUGUAUGCCCCCUCCUUGUAUGACCACCGAGAAGCACUGCCUCUACAGGACGUUUCAGGAGAUUGUGUCUAUUGACGUCACAGAAGACUUUUGACGUCACAGAGGUCACUGUUUGUCAUCUCCAUGAUGAACUCAUAACGGGACAUUAUGGAGGAUUAUGGACACCACAGAGGACUGCGUUUAUUGAUUCGCAGUACAGGACAUUGAGUUUACCGCAUUUAUAAAGAAAUAUAUUAUGUCAUUAUGAAAUUCUCUUCAUUAUUUUGGUGAUUUUAGAACUAUUUCAACAACUCGGUGAUGGUACUAUUUGGUUUAAUCUGAACGCACCCAUGAUAUCCUUCUGUUUUGUGAGAGGAUACUUUUCAAACAACGUUCACUUACAUGAUUCUUAUGUGAUAUUGUGAAUCCUUAUUGUGGCCUCGCCCAGUGUGAAAACAUUGAAUCGACAUUACAUGAACAUGCUUACAUGUCAGUUAGACGAAUUCUAUCCUUAUAUCAAUCGGAUCACGCGCUCGUCCUUUUCCGUAACUGGUUACGGAAAUAACCGAGUAGUUACGAUUGUCCUUAUAUGGUUCAGAUGUAAGGAUUGGUAACAAAUUUCCCUAUAUGUAGAACUUUGAGCUCCUAAUGUAUUCCUGGUCAGGCUCAUGGUUUACACAAACUUGAAUCUCUAUUAUAUGAUUAAGAAAGUUAUGAAA